AUGAAUCGAGCCCGUAAAACGAGCAGUAGUUGUGGAUGUUUUCGAAGUGCAUUCUGUCUGAAGCCCUCAACGUCAUCAGAUGCAUCUGGGGACAACGGUGAUAGUGAUAAGAAGCUGUUGGAAAUUCAGAUGAGCAAUGAGAAGGAAGACGAUGAAGAGCAACAGUCAAAUGGUCACAUAUCGCGUCCUAUCAAAGUGCCACCACUGGAUUUGAAUGGUGUUCUGAAGAACGAGAAUUUCAAAACGAGAGGAGUGAGACGCAGAACGUCAGAAGGAGCACAUGGAGAUAGGAGACAUCUAGCUGAAGUUGUUUUGGAUGGCCUUCAACGUCCGAUCAGUCUUCUUCGGAAACAAAAGGAGUCUUCUAAUAAUAAUGAUGCUGAAGAUGGUGCCACGUCACCUGGAUCCAGAAAAAAGAGCUAUGAUAAUGCACCGGCUUUGGAAUCACUGGAAAAACUCCGCUACAUUCUUCACCAACUCAACAGCGGCCAAUUGCCACUUGAGGAUUUGAAGCGAAACAUUGAAUAUGCUGCGUUGGUAUUGGAGACGGCAUAUAUGGACGAGACGAGGCGGAUUUGUGAUGAGGACGACGAUCUGGCCGAGGUGACACCAGAAACCGUACCAGAUGAAGUUCGGGAGUGGCUCGCCGCCACGUUCACUCGCCAAAACGCUGGAAAGAAGCGAGACAAGCCAAAGUUCAAAUCGGUCGCCAACGCGAUCCGAACCGGAAUUUUCUUCGAAAAAUUGUUUAGAAAACAACAAGUUGUUCAAUGCCCAAUUCCACCGGAAAUUCAAGAAUUGAUGAAGGAAGUGUCCACUUGGUCAUUCAGUCCAUUCCAGCUAAAUGAGGUCUCUGAGGGACAUGCAUUGAAAUACGUUGGAUUCGAGUUAUUCAAUCGAUAUGGAUUCAUGGAUCGAUUCAAGGUUCCGUUGACUGCGUUGGAGAACUAUUUGUCGGCACUGGAAGUUGGUUAUUCGAAACAUAACAAUCCAUAUCAUAAUGUGGUUCAUGCUGCUGAUGUUACACAGAGCUCGCAUUUCAUGUUGUCACAGACUGGUUUGGCGAACUCUCUCGGAGACCUUGAGCUCCUCGCCGUGCUCUUCGGUGCUCUGAUCCAUGACUACGAGCACACCGGACACACAAACAACUUCCAUAUCCAAUCUCAAUCUCAAUUUGCGAUGCUUUACAAUGACAGAAGUGUUCUGGAGAAUCAUCACGUUUCGAGUUGUUUCCGUUUGAUGAAAGAAGACGAUAAGAAUAUUCUGACCCAUUUGACAAGAGAUGAAUACAAGGAAUUGAGGAAUAUGGUCAUUGAGAUUGUGUUGGCAACUGAUAUGAGCACUCAUUUCAUGCAAAUUAAAACAAUGAAGUCCAUGUUGAGUCUUCCAGAAGGAAUCGACAAGAACAAGGCCCUCUGCCUCAUCGUCCACGCUUGUGAUAUUUCCCACCCAGCCAAACCAUGGAAUCUUCACGAACGUUGGACCGAAGGAGUUCUCGAAGAAUUCUUCCGUCAAGGAGACCUCGAAGCCUCUAUGGGUCUACCGUACUCCCCACUAUGCGACCGACAUACUGUACACGUGGCAGACAGUCAGAUUGGAUUCAUUGAUUUUAUCGUUGAACCAACAAUGGUCGUUUGUGGAGAGCUUUUGGUUAAAAUGGUUGAGCCACUUGUCUCGCUGCCUCCAACGGAUUCUUUGUUCCCGCCAAGUGUUGAUGGAGGCGAUGAUAAAUCGCCAUCGAAUGCGUUGAGUCCACUGCCCGAUCUACGGAAUUCGUCGACGUCUCCAAACUCAUCGAUCCGCAAGAUUCCGUUGAAUUACGCUGGAAAAUUGGAUAUACCAACGCCAUGGAUGAAGUUCUUGCAUGAGAACAAGGCGCAUUGGAAGGAGAGAGCCGCGAAAGAAGAGGAAGAGCGCAAAGCCAAAGAAGCGGCUGAAGCGGAGGCGGCCGCGAAACAAGCUGAGGAGAAUAAGGAAAAUGGUAUG